GAUGUCAAAAAGACGACCGAGUUAAAAGGGGAUUGUUCGAAAAGGAGACGAAGAAGAAGAAGAAGGAGAGGGAGAGAGAGAAUGUGGGAAUCGAUAUGCUUGACGCUGAUGGCGACGGCGGGGAACAACAUCGGCAAGGUUCUACAGAAGAAGGGUACCGUGAUCCUCCCUCGCCUCUCCUUCAAGCUCAAGGUGAUCAGAGCGUAUGUUUUGAACAAAUUGUGGAUUAUAGGCUUUCUUAUGGAUAUAUGUGGCGCUGUCUUGAUGCUGAGGGCAUUGUCUCAAGCUCCAGUUUCAGUAAUACAACCAGUUUCUGGUUGUGGACUUGCUAUACUUUGUGUCUUCUCUCAUUUCUAUCUCAAGGAAGUGAUGAAUGCUCUUGAUUGGGUGGGGAUUGCAUUGGCUGGGGCUGGAACAAUAGGAGUUGGCAUUGGAGGGGAUAAGCAAAAUGGUUCGACAGUCUCUCUUUUCCACUUACCUUUGCUGGGCAUCUCAAUUGCCUUGUUGUUUGCUCUUCUGAACACAUGGCUUCGCAUCUACAAGAGUCGAAGGCAGGAGCAGGAGCUGAUGCAUUCUGAAGUGAUUGAGGAAAUUAUAUAUGGCUUGGAAUCGGGCAUUUUAUUUGGGAUGGCAUCAGUAAUAUCAAAGAUGGGUUUUAUGUUUUCAGAGGAGGGCUUCUCAAAGAUCAUGGUACCAAUAUGCAUUUCCAUUAGCAUCUGCUGUAGCGCUUCUGGGUUUGUUUAUCAGACCCAAGGUCUGAAACAUGGAAGGGCUAUUGUGGUAUCCACAUGUGCGGCUGUGGCAUCAAUUAUUACUGGUGUUCUGGCUGGUAUGUUUGCUCUGGGUGAACAUAUGCCUUCUUCUCCCGUUGCUCGAGUGGCUCUUUCACUUGGAUGGAUCUUUAUCACUCUCGGGGUUAUUCUUCUGGUGAGUUCAGCUCGAUUGAUGGCCCUGCUGCCUAGGCCGUUGCGACGACAUCUGAGAAGAAGCAACCUUGAGAAUCACACUCUAAGGAGAUCUGGUUCCUUACGUAUUAAGGAUCCUAGCCCAAGUGCAGUAAUUCAUGCAUCGACGCUGCAUCAUCUGAUAACAUCUCCAUCAAAAGAGAAAGCCUAGUGAAGUCAUAAAACAAAUAAGAAGUACAUGUUGACCUUUUCUUUUAUUUCUUGGGACAACGGUCAGCUUGCUUUUAGACCCUGCGCUAACCUUGUCAUCUUCCCUCCAAUUCCCUAUCAAGGGAAGUGAAGUCUUCUGGGCUUGCUUGUUUACCAGAUCACGUGGUAUAUGUAUAAUUAUUUUGUUGCUAUCAUAUCCAAUUUCUGUC